AAAAAAGAAAAAUGUACCCCAUCCCCUCCUCUCGACACUCCCUCCGCCUCCUUCCUCCAUGCGCGCCUGCCGCCUUCCUCCCCACCACGUCGGCCGCGUCCCUCCCCACCGCAUUGGCCGCCUUCCUCCCCACCGCACCGGCCGCAUCCCUCCCGACCGCACCUCCAGCCUUCCUCCACAUCGCGCCGACCACAUCCCUCCCCGCCUGCUCCGUCUUCCUCCCUUUACCAGCGUCGCCGUCCACCCUCCACCCUAGCGCCGCUUGCCUCCCUUCACCAGCCGCCCUGCCUUCCCCCACCACCACUGGCCACCGGAGGUGCGGAUACUGCCUCGACCACCUGCUCCCACCCCCCGCCAUGACCCCUCACCGUUGGGUCGCUGGAUCCCAUCCGUUGAGCGCCGGAUCUCGUCGGCCCUGGAGCUGCGCGAACGCUGCAGCUCCGUUCUUGUCCCCAGCCGCCACCCCGUACCCCCGAGCUCCACUCCGAAAUCCCGCCUUUUACCCCUCAAGCUCCACCGCCGGGAUCCCACUAUUGCUGCCGGUGGUGUGUGCAUGCUGGUCGCUGCUGCUGUUUGUUGCUGCUCCAAUGUAAG